AUGGAGUCAUCCGGGCUGUCGGGGCUGUCUGGCAACGAACUCGCGUCCCACUCCGACUUUUCUGACAACGAGGCUACUGUGCGUCUACCGGCCGCAUCUUUCGAGAGCUUAUCCGCCAGCGCACCGCGGGCGCCGCCAUUGAGUGACAACAUUGGAGCCGGUGCAUAUCCUCGCGCCAGCCCUCUGAACCGGUCUUCAAGUCAUCAAAGCACGGCGGCCGCUGAAUUGGAUCCCGAUCGCGUCAUUUGGCAAGGCUGGCUCUACCAUCUGCGAACCAAGGGAGGCGUCCGACAGUGGAAGCAUCUAUGGGGAGUGCUGCGCCCUCGCAACCUCAUCCUCUAA